GUGAGUUUUGUAGGUAAGCGAAUUAAACAUGCAUUAAUUGACAAACGUAUAUUAUUCAAACCAGCACAACAGUAAAUGCGUAGGUUUUCGUAACGCAAUUCAUGUAAGAGCAGUGAACAUCUAAACUCGACGAAAGCUUGCCUUAAGUAACACGUGAGUGGUGAGGCUAGUUAGCUACGUGGCUAAUUCACAUGCUCUUUUGCUAACGUUAGCUAACAGGGAUCACUAUCAUUCAAGCCCGCUGUGGUACUGUGAGGUGAAAGGAGGUAUUGUACGAUAGGGUAGUUCAGUGUAUCUUUUGUUAGACCACAUCGACUGCGGCUACUCGUAUGGCUGGCAGCAGGAUGAAGCUGGAGCUGUCCCGUGUGGUUCAGGGAAGAAGUCGGCUGGGUGUCUUGAAGGGGCUCGGCAGGACGGGACGGCACUCUUUGGAAGUUCCGGGAUGUCUACUCUACACACACUUUGGCACAGUGCCUCACCUCACUCAGGACACACUGCACACCCUGAGCGACCUCCCCUGUGUCACUCAGAUCAAUCUGUCCAAUAUAGCAGAGCACCAGGAAGUGUUGGAGGAGUUUAAGAAUGGAUUCAGGAAGUUUGCAGGUCUUCAUGAUACUGUGUUGUACUGCUCGCUUCACGACCCUGCCACCCCCUGCCCAACUGGUUAUACAACUAACAAGACGGUGUCAGUGUGGGGCAGUGGUGGACGGAUAGAGCUGACAGUGGCCAAGUUUAUGGCUCUCCAGAGGGCCGUGCAGCCAGACUGGUACCAGAGCAUGGCAGAUGGAGAAACGUGGCAGGAAAACACCUCUCGCAAAAGGGUCCGAAAGUCGGUGGACCGGACUCUUGCCCACUUGGAUGAGUGUCUGCUGGUGCACCAAAAAUCACAGGAGUUGGAGGGUGUGGAGGUCUUUGGGGUAGUGGAGGGAGGAGACAUCCUGGAGGAGAGGGUGCGCUCAGCCAGGGAGACAGCCAAGAGGCCUGUGGCAGGAUUCUGCCUGGAUGGCCUCCAGACAGGCUCCAUGGACCAGGACUUGAGGACCCAGCUCAUCACUGCUGUGACCAAAGAGCUGCCAGAGGACAAACCCAGACUGCUGCAGGGUGUAGGACGACCUGAUGAGGUGCUGGCGGGCGUCGAUGCCGGUGUGGACCUGUUCGAGAGUUCCUUCCCCUUCCAGGUGACAGAGCGAGGCUGUGCUCUGUGCUUCAGCUUUGACAUCUCCCCGGACCCAGAGCGCGCAGGUAGAGCGCCCCCUGCAGUGCUGGAGCUGGAUGAAGAGAGCGAGACAACAGGGGAGACGCAACAGAAUGGAGAACAUAAUCUGUUUGAUAAAACACAGAUGACAUCCUUUGAGAUCAAUCUCAAAGACAAGAGGUACCACGACGACUUCAGUCCUCUGGUGGAGGGGUGUGGUUGCUACUGCUGUAAGAACCACCAGAGGGCGUACCUGCAUCACCUGCUGGUGACCAAUGAGCUGCUGGCUGGAGUCCUGCUUAUGAUCCACAACACAGCGCAUUACCACGGCUUCUUCGGCGCCUUAAGAGAAGCUCUGGCCAACGAUAAGAUGGACCUCCUCAAGAGGAAAGUACUUAAGGAGAGUGGCGGUCAGACCGAAAGAAAAGACUAAGAUGGAUAAAUCGGAGGGGGACUGCCGUCACUUUUCCUCUAAAGGAUCACUGAAUUGUCUUGGCCAGAGGAAAUCAAAGCUCAGCAAAGAUCUCGCUCUUCACAGUUCAGUCAGAGGAUGAACUGUGAUACUGCAGAGACCUUGAGACUGAGUCAGACCAUAUGUUGCUAAAGCCAUGUAUCUUAAGCUUGUUUUAAAAGAGGAGGACAAAGCAGAAAAAGACAAUCAUCUGAUGUUUGCCGCUUGGGUUCGUGUCUUGGUUUCACAUCAAGAGGACCGCUCCCUCAAGGUUGUGUAUUGAUCUUAGUUGAGGGCUAAGAGGUUUUUGGUGGCUGAAGAAGGAAGGAAACUGAAUAGGACGUCUGCAGGAAUCUGCGUAAAGAAGGAAAUGUGAGGCUGGAUGGUGGUGGACUAUCGACUAUGGCUGAAUCCCUGUGUGCCUCCUGUUGUGGUCUGAGUGCAGGUCAGCGGAUGAUUAAUAUCCUCUGCACUCACUGAUGUAUCGGCAUAGAGUGGUGGGGGAACCAACUUGGGUGAUCAGUUAUUAGAUUAAAAAAAAAAAAAAGAUCAGGAUUUUCUCCUGUUAUAUAUUAAAUCCUUGUAUAAUCAGAUUUCUUUGAAGCUUUGUUCUUUUUGUCAUUUCAUACUUUAUUGGUCUGUCUUCAUCAAGCAUUUGUCAUUUCCUCGUGUGCGCCUUGAAUAUUUUUAAUGUUUCACUUGGAUAACUCAGUAAAAUGAG